CUCUUACAGAAAAUCCGUUAUCAAAGGAAGAUGUUCCGGAUCAUUCAAUGAUGUUAAGCAAAGACAAAAAAUAUGAUAUGGCUAAUACUUACAUCCGGCAGAAUAAUACACAGUUUGGGGACAAGGACAACAUGAUGCAGUCAGUUACCAUGGCAACAACAGAACAUAAAGUUGACACAUUCGACGCCUUGCCACCGAUAGGUUAUUCCAUACGUCAGUUUAUUCCACCAAUGCAUGACCCAUUGCUGUAUGGCCAACUUCGAAGCAGAAAAGGUUUCCUGACUAUAGGAAUUCCAUCUAUUCGUAGACCAAACACAGAAAAUAUAUACCUCUACAAGACAAUCGAAUCUUUAAUCAACAACACUAGUGAAGAGGAGAAAAUGGACAUCACUCUUGUGAUCUUAUUAUCUGAUUUGAACGAGACGUACAAUAAUGAAAUUUCGAAAGAUAUUUUCGUCAAAUUUCGGAACUAUUUUCAAGGCGGAUUCAUCAGAAUCAUUCAGGCGCCAAAAACAAUAUAUCCUAAUUUUGAGCAAUUAAAACUAACUUUACAUGAUCCUGUUCACCGGGUGCAUUGGAGAUCAAAGCAGAAUAUAGAUUUUGGCUAUCUGUUCUUGUAUUGUAAAAAUAUUUCUGACUAUUAUUUACAACUAGAAGACGAUGUUUUAAGUGCUCAAAAUUAUUCUGUUUACAUUCGUAAACAAAUUAGACACGUAAAUAAUACAAAGCAGUGGUUUAUGUUAGAAUUUUCAAGACUUGGUUUUAUUGGUAAAUUAUUCAAAGACAGGGACUUACAGUGGGUGGGGAAUUAUUUGCUGAAAAAUUUCGCGAAAGCACCAGGCGAUUUAUUUCUCGGUAAAAUACGAGCAUUACACGGUCAAAAAUCUCCGAUUCAUACAGAAUUUAGUCUGUUCCAGCACAAUGGGAAAUUCUCGUCUUUGAAAAAUAAAAUGAUGCCUUCAAUCGAUUCAAAAUUUAAGGAUGCAGAUAAAAUAAAAUUGCCAAUAAUGACUUUGCCAAAGGGAGAUAAUCCUCCGGCAAUAUUUGAAACUUCUUUUGAAUCAGUGCCUGGUUAUCCCCCUUUUUAUGCCUACGAUAAUAACUCGUCAACGUUUUAUUGGGCGAAACGUCCGCAAAAACUUGACUAUUUUACUCUUCAUUUUGAAAAACCACAUAAUUUUUCGAGAAUUAUAAUAUCUACAGGUGAUGCUAAACGUAAACAGGACUCUUUGGCUCAAAGUACACUAGCAGUGUCCGUGAAGCAGACGACAGUCGCCUAUAUACCAGGAAAGUGUGGUAACUUUAUUACAAUGGCAGAAUUUAUUGACGGCGAAAUAGACACUAAAGCAAUGGGAUUACAUAUUCCAAAUAACAUCUUGUGUUUGAAAAUCCUUCUGAAAAGAAACAGUAAAACAUGGGUGAUUAUUCGAGAUAUUGUCCUUAUACAUGUAUAAAAUCUAACUUUAGAAAUCAUGUCUAGAAUAACAAUAUUCCUUUUCUAAUUUACAAUGCAUCGGUUUAUUUUGGAUUUUUCUGCGUUUUCAGUCACACUGAAUGCGGUAAGGUGAUAAGGAAACUGUCCGGUUUUGUUUUAGUGGUUAGAAAAAGACCCCAUGUGCCUUUUCGUACGGGCGGGACCUGGGCUGAACCCCAUAUCUUUUGCAAGUUAACUGAAUAGUUAUACUAAAUGGAGAUAGGAAAUUCUGAACCUUACAUGACUUUUCGACCCUAGAAAAGUUAAGAGAAGAAGAUAAGAUAAGAAAAUAAGAUAGGAUAGAAUAGGAUAAGAAGAUAAGAUAAGAUAGGAUAGGAUAAGAAGAUAAGAUAAGAAAAUAACAUAGGAUAAGAAAAUAAGAUAAGAUAAGCACACUUUUAAGAAAUAUGAUGUAAGUUAUGGCGUAGUAACUUUCGUUUUCUUUGAUAGCAUGUAAAGAGAUUGCUUAUUGCGCGUUACGAUUGAUACUUUAUCUGUAAUUAAUCUCAUGACCCAAAAGCGUGACGCAGACGACAACGUGUUCAAGCUUCAUAUUGCACGGUGCAUAUCCAUAUCGGUACCCUCUUUGCGAAAUCUGCUCAAACGGUACCCUCUUUGAACAUGCACAGGUCAUUCUCUGCUAAAAACAAACCAGCGAUGGAUAACAAUACAGUAAAAUUUCAUUGUAAUAAGGAAAGGAGGUAUGACACGUAGAAAAGAUGUAUAUCACGGAACACUAGAAUGUUUUAUUUAUGUGCUGAUUUGUCAUGUGCCCGAUUUUCAUGUACUGCAACUUCACAAUAAGCUACAAAAAAUCGACUUGUCUUGCUUCGCCCAUCAACUCGACAUAUUUUUCGGGCUGAAAUGAACCUGUGGCUUGAUUAUAUAUGCAUAAAACUUACAUAAAAGUAAGAAAUAUUACAUAUAUACUUAACGAUUAACGCAAAUAAAAGCAUAUGUCGUGCUUCGAGGGUACCUAUGUGUUCAAAAAUGAGAGGGUACCUGUGAUAUAAAAAUUCAAAAGAAGAGAGGUAGCCCGUGCCGCUGCAAAAUUAUAAUUUUACAUUUAUUUUUGACAAUAUACUGCCAUUGUCCGAAGAUGAUAUGUUUAUGGACAUAUUAAAUAUAUAUGAUGCAUAUAUAAUCAAGCCACAG